AUGCCUAACACCAUCUGCACCCACGGCUACCCAUCCCGUCGACGGUCACUGGUAGGCGACGCCAAGUUCGAGACCGUCAAGAAUCGUGAGGCGAAACUCAAUUGGCUUCAGGAGAGCCGAGACAUCUCAGAGGACAAUGAGUUGUCGGAGGAAGAGGUCAUUGUGGUGAACGAGUUCGCUGAAGACAACUCAUUGAUCCCGAAGACAUCCAACAUAUUGGUCGGUCUCAAAGAGGGAGGUUUCGGGAGUUUACCGAAAAUCAUACGAAUAAUAGAGGGAUGCAAAGGCAAUAUCGAGCACUUGGAGAGUCGCAAGAGUGUGGAUACAAAGACUCCGUCAGUGGAUCUGUUCGUGAGUCUGAAGAUCUCGAGCAAUGGUCUCUUGAAUCUCAUGAAAUCGAUGCGUCAAAACAGUUUGGCUGACGUGACUCUACUCAGGGAGAAACACAUCAGCGUUAAG